CCGUGGCAGCUGCACGGCUCCCGGCCCCGGAGCAUGCGCGAGAGCCGCCCCGGAGACCCCCGCCGCCCCGCCCGCGGCGCCCCGCGCCCCGCCGCCAGCGCACCCCCGGACGCUAUGGCCCACCCCUCCGGCCGGCCCCGCGUGUAGGAUGGUAGCACACAACCAGGUGGCAGCCGACAAUGCAAUCUCUACGGCAGCAGAGCCCAGACGGCGGCCAGAGCCUUCUUCCUCCUCCUCCUCCUCUUCUUCUUCCACCUCCUCGCCCUCGUCCGCGGCCCCGGCGCGCCUGCGGCCCUGCCCGGCGGCCGUGGCCCCGGCCCCCGGCGAUACACACUUUCGCACGUUCCGCUCGCACGCCGAAUACCGGCGCAUCACCCGCGCCAGCGCGCUCCUCGACGCCUGCGGCUUCUACUGGGGGCCCCUGAGCGUGCACGGAGCGCACGAGCGGCUGCGCGCCGAGCCCGUGGGCACCUUCCUGGUGCGCGACAGCCGACAGAGGAACUGCUUCUUCGCCCUCAGCGUGAAGAUGGCCUCGGGCCCCACGAGCAUCCGCGUGCACUUCCAGGCCGGCCGCUUCCACCUGGACGGUAGCCGCGAGAGCUUCGACUGCCUCUUCGAGCUGCUGGAGCACUACGUGGCGGCUCCGCGCCGCAUGCUGGGGGCCCCGCUGCGCCAGCGCCGCGUGCGGCCGCUGCAGGAGCUGUGCCGCCAGCGCAUCGUGGCCACCGUGGGCCGCGAGAACCUGGCGCGCAUCCCCCUCAACCCCGUCCUCCUCGACUACCUGAGCUCCUUCCCCUUCCAGAUCUGACCGGCCGCACACCGCAGCAUUAACUGGGCCCCCCCGCCCCUUAUUAUUUUCUAUUAUUAAUUAUUAUUUCUCCUGGACCAUGUGGGUGCCCUCCCCACCUGCGUUGGAGGGAGCGGGCGUAGGGGGCGAGGCGCCUCCGGCCCUGGGCUGGAGACCAGGCCGCAGACCCCUCCCCACGUCUUGAGGGGUGCCCUCUCCUGGUGCUCCCUCUGGGUCCCCCUGGUUGUCGUAGCAGCUUAAUUUAAAACUGUAUGUGGGACCAGGGCCUGAACUCGUACCUCCUACCUCUUCAUGUUUACAUAUGCUCAGUAUCUUUGCACAAACCAGGGGUUGGGGGAGGGUCUCUGGCUUUAUUUUUCUGCUAUGCAGAAUCCUAUUUUAUAUUUUUUACCACCAGUUUAGGUAAUAAACUUUAUUAUGAAAGUUUUUUUUUUUUAAGAAAAAAA